ACUCCCACCAUAAACCUUACAGGAAAUUUUCCUACUACAUUCGCUAACGUGCGCUGCUUUUCCCUCCUUAUUCUCUCUCAAAAUGGCGAUUUCUCUGCAACUGUGUCGUUUCUCCAUCCGCAUCGGUUCCGAUAACUUUGGCGGGAGAUCGGAAGCUCUCCCUUUCCGGAAACCUAUCUCCGUCAGAUGCUCCACCGAUUCCACUUCUGUUGUGGUGGAUCCCGAUAACUUCGACGCCAAGUCUUUCCGACAUAACUUGACGAGGAGCAAGAAUUAUAAUCGGAAAGGAUUCGGACGCAAAGAGGAAACUCUCGAGCUCAUGAAUCGAGAGUAUACUAGUGAUAUCUUAAAGAAAUUGAAGGAAAAUGGAAACGAGUAUACAUGGGGAAAUGUUACUGUAAAAUUGGCAGAAGCGUACGGAUUUUGCUGGGGAGUUGAGAGAGCUGUUCAAAUUGCUUAUGAAGCGAGAAAGCAGUUUCCAGAUGAGAAAAUUUGGAUUACCAAUGAAAUUAUCCACAAUCCUACUGUUAAUAAGCGGUUAGAGGAGAUGGAAGUUAAAACCAUCCCUGUUGAGGGAGGGAAGAAACAGUUUGAUGUUGUGAAUAAGGAUGACGUAGUAGUUUUGCCUGCUUUUGGUGCUGCAGUUGAUGAGAUGUUGGUUUUGAAUGACAAAAAUGUCCAAAUUGUUGACACUACUUGUCCUUGGGUAACCAAGGUAUGGAACUCUGUAGAGAAGCAUCAGAAAGGUGAUUACACUUCCAUCAUUCACGGUAAAUACUCUCACGAGGAGACGAUCGCGACCGCAUCUUUUGCUGCUACAUACAUUAUUGUGAAGGAUAUGACUGAGGCAAUGUAUGUUUGUGAUUACAUUCUUGGAGGUGAACUUAAUGGAGCUAGCUCCACCAAGGAGGCGUUUAUGGAGAAAUUUAAACAUGCUACCUCAGAGGGCUUUGAUCCAGAUCAUGACCUGGUAAAACUUGGCGUUGCAAAUCAAACUACGAUGCUGAAGGGAGAGACCGAGGAAAUUGGGAAAUUAGUUGAGAGGACAAUGAUGCAGAAAUAUGGAGUCAAAAACAUCAAUGAUCACUUCUUAAGCUUUAACACAAUUUGUGAUGCAACGCAAGAGCGCCAAGAUGCUAUGUAUAAGUUAGUGGAGGAAGAUUUGGAUCUUAUGUUAGUAGUCGGCGGGUGGAACUCGAGCAACACUUCACACCUUCAAGAAAUUCCUGAGGAUAGCGGGAUCCCCUCAUAUUGGAUCGACAGUGAACGGAGAAUUGGUCCGGGAAACAGGAUAGCUCACAAAUUGAAACAUGGGGAGCUUGUUGAAACAGAAAACUGGCUACCAGAGGGCCACAUUACAAUUGGUGUCACUUCUGGUGCCUCCACACCAGAUAAGGCUGUGGAAGAUGCCCUUGUCAAGGUGUUUGACAUAAAACGGGAGGAGGCCUUGCAAGUAGCAUAAAAGUAUGUAUGUAUAUAUGUAUGUAGGUUUACACAGGUGGGUCAGCCAUUGGUGCUCGUUUGGUACUGAUAGUAUAAUGUUGUCAAUGUAUAGUUGAAGUGAAGGACUCUUUAAUCUUUAGGAUCUGCGCGUACUUGAAAUCAGAUCAUGUUGAAUAAUUAUGUAUCAUGAAAUGGUUUUCUUUUUGGCUUUU